CACACCUGUAAGAGGAACUGCGCGCCAGAGAGCGUAUCAGGGAAUAACAGGUGUCCGCGAACCCAAAAGUCAGGCGCUUUAAACAGGAUUCUAAAUGAACUUCUAUAGAAUGGACUGAUUUGUUCUACACAGGUUUUUCUGUCGAUGUUGCUGUAACAGCGGACGGUUUUUCUGACGCAGAGACUGAACACGCUUGAAGGUUUCUGAUGAAUUUACGUUGCAACAAUCUGACUGAAUCUCGGUGACUAGGUUUUGAUCUUCGCUUCUGCACACGCUGAAUGUAGAGCUGAUAAAGGAUGAUAAAGGAUUAUCCAGUCUGAGUAGCGCAGUUUAUUUAUUUCAUUUCAUUUGCUUUUCCUAAUGACGCAUGUAUUUGUGUGAGAGAAAAAAGCCUUGAAACUUGGUGGUAGGAGGAAAACUCGGUAUGACUAUGGCAGUGUUGAGCUGUUUGAGGAUUUUGCUAAUCUGGAAUUUGUUGAUUUGUGUAAAUGGGGGAGAAUUUGUGAAACCCCCAAGUGAGACUGUGUAUACAUUAGCAGAAGAAGCGACACACCUGCCUUGUAAGUUUGAGCCAUCAAAAGGUGACGUGAUCAUCCAGGUUAUCUGGACGCACAUUAAUUCAGAUGGGACCGAAGAGCAGAUCAUAACUGCACAUCACCAGGAUGGACAGCUAGAAUUUCCUUCUUAUUUUGGCCGUGUGCGCUUUGAAAACAGCGACCCCAUGACGGACUCUGCUCUGAUCAUCCUCAACACACUGCUUUCAGAUGAGGGACGUUAUAUCUGUACCGUUGCUACAUUCCCUAGUGGAAGUGUGAAGACUCAAGUGUCUCUUACUGUGUGGACUAAACCCAUCUCCACAUUGGACCCUAUUGUUCUAGUAGAGGGACAGUCGUUUCGUCUGGCUGCCACAUGCCGUGCAAUGGCAAAGCCUCAGCCGGGUCUCUCAUGGGAUACAGAUCUACCGGGCCAGAGCCAGAACCGCAGUCUGGACAAUGGCGUCACUUCCAUCCAGUACUCCCUUCACCCUCUGAGGAGUAUGAACGGGCGUAAGCUGGACUGUCUGAUCUGGCACCCAUCUCUAGAAAGUCCACGGAGGCUCAAUAAUCAGCUUGUGGUGCACUACCCUCCGGAUGCGACAGUCUCAGGUUAUGAUGAGAACUGGUAUGUGGGUCUUGAGGGUGCUCAACUACAGUGCGAUGGUGGAGGAAACCCCAAACCACACAACUUCACCUGGUCCAGGAAAGAUGGCGGUUUACCAGAUGGCGUGACCUCGGCGAAGGAAAUUCUGAGGUUUGACAGGCCACUCAGAUUUACAGACAAGGGAGUGUACGAAUGUGUAACAACUAAUACUGUGGGGUCUGGGAAAGUGGACAUAAGAAUAGAAGUAUUAGCGGAAGCAAAAAAUCCGACAAUGUUUGACAGCCUCCUGCUUAUCAUCAUUGGUGGAGUUGCAGGCUUUUUGGUGGUCAUUCUAGUGAUUGUAGUAAUAACAGUAAACCGACAUCACAAAAAAAGAAACAAACAACUGGUUAUGGAGCUGGAUGAGAAAAAAGAAGAAAUUAGUACCCUAUCCAGACAGGCCUCGAUCAGAAGAGUUGCCUCCACCAGCAUUGAAAAUAAAUACCAUAUGGAUGAGUCCAUCCCAUUAAGAGUUGAAGGAAUAAUUCGUAGCAGUCUCAGUUCACUGGACCGCCCCCGUUCUCGAGACAGUCAUUCCACUGUAGGACUAGACUCUCUGGGUCGACCUGCCAUUUGUAACUCGUCCAGAAGAGGAAGGGAGCGAAUGAUGGAGAAAGAUGAAGAGAGAGUUUCUAGUCGACCGAAAAUGGAGCCUUAUGCCAGGAUUAGCGAUCUGGAUAGCCCAUUCCACCCUCCUCUACCAGUUUCCGCUUUUCCAAUGGAGCAGACUGCUGAAAUUAUCAGGUCUCGGAACGGUAGCGCCAUUCUUCCAGCAGAUGGUAGACCGCAAUCCGGAGGAGGAAGCAUAACUAGCAGCAGAGCAGGCAGCAGAGGGCACCGUUCCCCUUUAAAUUCAAACUACCACAUACAGACAGACGACAUAGAUGAUUUGAGGCCAGUUGAUGAAGGGUCUGAGCUGUCCAGGGGCCAAAUAGAACCUGAUGGUAUGGAUAAUGGAGACAGCGAGACUGCAAGCUCACAAAUAUCCGAGGCAAUGUCCAAUCACUUUGAGCAUACUAACGGUACACUAUGGCCUAAGUCGAAACCCAACAACAUCGUACUAGCACCGGAUACCACUCGAUUGCUCCACACAAACAUCAUUCAUCAACCUUCUCAUUUAGUGUAGCUCUCAGACUUCAGCACUGGGAACCAUCGUUUAUACACAACAGAGUGGCUGGCAUUCGGGUUCUGCGAGACCUUGGAGAGAUAUUGAGAUUGGAGUUUGUCACCUGGUGUCACCAAGUGACACCUGAAAGUUUCAAAAUCAAAACUAAGUGACAUACUCUGUGGUACUACAACUGCUAACUGCAAUGUUAGCAAUUUCUCCUUUGUAGAAAAAAAUCUAUUUUUAUAUGAUAUAAACUUGGUAUUACGUGUGGGACUGACUUUCCCUGACUCUAUGUUUCAAAUGAGCUCACGCUUUUUUUGAGGAUGAGUAUUAUAACACAACACUUUCUGUGAGCAACGGAAAAGCUGUAACUGUGAAUUGAUGCCAUGACAAAGAGGGUCCUCCUGUUCUUCCUGCCACAAACCUGGGGGAUUAAUCCUGUUUGCCUGGGAACGUUCUAACACUGAUAAAUUACAAUGGCAUGACCUAUGAGCCAUGUCUUUUUACUACUGUAUAUAAAAGUCACAGUGUAUGCUGACAUGAAGUAUUAUUAACUAUGUAAAUGUUCUGUGUGACGUUUAUUUUUGGCUAUUCCAGAUUGAACUGGAUUUUGUUUGGGGCAUCACUUUUGCUUAUGGUGUAGGCCUUAAAAGUGUGCUUUGAGUAAACAUAAUACUAUAUGUAAAAGCAUAACUUCUUACACUCCAUGGAGGGUUCCACACUGCCUCUUAUCACUCUAAUAAUACAAUAUUUACCUAAUCAGUUUGCAUGUAGUUGCUGGAUAAUAUGCCUUAGGGUUCAGGGAUGUAAAGGAGGGGAAUGCUAAGGACAAUUAAUUUUAUAAAUUUAAGAGCUUCUUAAAAAAGUAUUCAGUGCAUUAUCCCCAUAUAUGAGGACAAGCUUCACCUGCAGUUGACGUAUAUAAUUUAUAAUUAUAAUUAUAAUUUUUUUAGUCUGUGUUGGUUAGCAUUUUAUUAACCCUGUAUGAAAGUGUUAUGAUAACCUGUUGCCCUUAUUUUGCUUUACUGUGCUGAUCGAUACUGCUUGGAAUCUGGGAAAUGGUGCUAGGUAUAGAUAUAUGGUUGUACAUAUAAAUGUAAAAUAAUACGCAGUGUAAUAUAUGUUUUUUUUUUUUUACUUCUAUACAUUUUGCAGCUUUUUUGACAGAUUUGUUAAUUGUGCUUAUUCCUGGACAAAUCAUGUACAAAUCAAAAGACACAUUAGAAGAGAAAAUACCAAAUUGAUCAUUCAUGUAUCUUCAGUAACUACGUUAUCCUGGGUGUGGUCAUGGUAGAUCUUGUUCCAUGGACACUAAGUGUGAUGCGGGAUUUCCUUGUGGCUGAGAUGACAGUUCUCAAAGAAUAGGCAUACACUGUAGGAAGCCAUUUUACAUUUGGAGUCCUGAUAUUUAAAGUAGCAUACAGUACAUGUUUCCUGCUUCACACCUGAAUGACAGCAAAUCAGAAGCUGUUUUUACGAUAGCACCCAUCCUUCCAUUCAUCCAUACAUUACACAAGGGUUGCAGGGAACCUGGAGCCUAACCCAGAGGACUCAGGGCACAAGGCAGGUGACACCCUUUAUCCCAUCACAGGGCAUAUCCAUUCAUGCACAAUAGCCAAUUUAGAGAUGCCAAUAUCUUAGGACAAUGCAUGUCUUGGGACUAGGGGAGGAAACAUAGUACUGGGAGAACAUGGAAACUCUGUUCACACAGGGCAGAGGCAGGUGUCAAACCUCCAACCAGUAGCUGCAAGGCAAAGGUGAUAACUAAUCCACUGUUACUACAGCACCGUAGAUCUGAAUAUUUAAGUCUGUAAAAUAAAUGAUUAUGGUUUUUACUAACGCA